AGUUCUACUUAAAUAUUUAGCGUAUUGCUAUAACGGUGGUGACGUGUUGGCCAGCCUGCAUACGUAAUACGGCAUUAACAUAUCGCACAAGACAAUCCAGGCAUUGCUUGUAAUCGUACACCGCGCUCCCAUUUUCCAGCGAUUUUCCUCGCCAAUUUGACCGGGAGUUUGGCCGCCGGAGUUGUCGUCGUUAUUAUCAACUGUCUGGCGAGAUUCUCGGGACCGAAUGGGGCCGGAAUUAAUGAUCCAAUAAUGCAAAAGUCCCAGGUCGUUUGGGGAUAAGACAAUCAACAGAUUGGAGAACACCUAUCAUUAUUUCUCCCCGACGAACUUGCAUCUCAUUUUGGCCCAACUUCAAGCCAGGGACUUUUCCGGAUUGGUUGCCAAGGGGAGGAGCCUGAGCGCCCAGUGACCAAUCCCAUCACUGGACCCGAUGAUCAUGGAUGGCGAAUCGGCCAACCAGCACAUUGUUGGCAAUGGCAAACUGGACCCGGCUGUUACAAUCUCCGGCGCCCUUCCCUCUGUGACUGUGGCUAAUGUCAUAACAGGCACACAGGAUCCCAUGGUCUCUGGCCAGAUGACGCUGAAAGCCUCCAACAUCAAGCCCCAGAGCGCGUCGGAUCAGCUCCUGCUAGCCAUGCAGAGCGCCACCGGAGGCCAGGCCGUCCGCAGCGGUAUGGUCAUCAGCCCCACCAAGCAAGCGUUCCAUGCCUCCGGGUUGAAAGGACUUGGGACGACGAUUCCCGCAUCGUUAGGCAACUCCACCUCCACCCAGCAACUCCUGCUGUCACCACCCAUACAGACGCUGCAGUCACCGCAGCAAGUCUUAACUAACCAGUUGUCUGGAGCCCAACAGAUCUUCACUAUCCCGUCCAACAACGCUGCGGGCCAGCAGCAAGUCUUGACCCUACCCAUCACCAACGCGGCCGGCCAGCAGCAGAUCCUGACCAUCCCCGUCAGCCUGGCCCAGAGCUCCGGCGGCAUCCAGUUCCUCAUCCCCACCACGGGCGGCCAGCUGCUGGCCGCCAACAUCGGCGGGGUCAUGCCCACCAUGGCCUCCAACUCCACCACGGCGCCCAGCCAGACCAACGUCACGUCGGUUCUCUCUGGUCUGACGCAAACCACUGCAGUCAACAAGCAGUACACCACCACGGCUGCAGCAGCAGCCAACGCCGCCAUAGCAGCAGGAGCAACCACCACGGCAGCCACCACUCCGCUACCCUCCAUGUCAGUCCUGGCCAGCCAGACGGGAUUGGGCCAGCUGCCACUGCCACAGAUGCUCAUGAAUGCCACAGGCUUGAAUUCCUCAGCGCGAGCCCUAGCCGCAGCCGGCCUCGCCACAAUGGUCAGUGCGCCGCCCCUGACCCAAGUCCAGCAACAGACCACGGCCCCGCCGGCGCUGAUGACCACCACGCAACGAGUCGCCGCUCCGGCCGCAGCGGCUACCACAACGGCCGACCAGGUGCUGACCACCCAACAAAUCGCUGCCCACGGAUUGACCGGCCAGCUGGCCUCCACGGGCCAGCUCCUUACCGGGCACGGUCUACCCAAACAACUCAUCACCACGCAGAGUCCCGUAGUUGUCGGCCAGGCCGGUGCCCAGGCAGCCGGCGUCCAGCAGCUCAUGGUGACCCAGGCCGUGGUGGGCGGCACGUUGGUCACCAGCCAGGCCGGCAGUCAGGGGACCGCCGCGCAGGUGAAAGCGCCCCCCUCGCCCACAAAUAACACGGCCACGGUGGCGGGUAGCUCAUCAGGUAAAGCAGUUAGCAGUCUGGGCAACACCACGGAGGUGGACGGCAUCAAUCUGGAGGAGAUCAAAGAGUUUGCCAAGGCUUUCAAGAUCCGGCGGUUAUCGUUGGGGUUGACCCAGACCCAAGUGGGGCAAGCGCUCAGCGCCACCGAGGGGCCGGCCUACAGCCAGUCGGCUAUCUGCAGGUUUGAGAAGUUGGACAUCACCCCUAAGAGCGCCCAGAAGAUCAAGCCAGUCCUGGAGCGGUGGAUGCAGGAGGCGGAGGAGAGACACAAAAACGGCUUGAGCCAGCUCUCCGACUACAUCGGCAGUAGUGAGCCAACCAAGAAGCGCAAGCGCCGGACCUCCUUCACCCCGCAGGCCCUGGAGUACCUGAGCGUACAGUUCGACAAGAACACCCACCCGUCGGGCGCUGAGAUGACGGCGAUGUCGGCAGAGAUCAACUACGAACGGGAGGUCAUCCGAGUCUGGUUCUGCAACAAGCGACAGGCGCUCAAGAACACCAUCAAGAAACUGAAGGCCGUCAACGACGCCGGUAGCCCGCAGGAGACGGACACCAGUGAACAAGUGGUCGUCAAGACGGAAGUUACGUAUACCUAGGGUAGUAUGGUAACCCCCCCCCCCAAACCAUUUAAAAGAUUGGUUAUAUCAACACCCAUGUCGAGUUACAUAGCGCUACUUCGCAGAAAAUACCGCACUGACUGUUGCUAUUCUGUGCAUAUUGCAGGGUCACUACAAAUUCAAUAAAAUGUUGUUUUUUUAAAAUUUAUUUGACAUUAUUAAAAUUCUCUCAAUAGCAUUAUCAAAAAAACUCACAAAUCAUGUGUCCUACAAUUUUUAAAAGGAAUUUUUUGUUUGAGACAAAAAUAUUAUUUCUUUAAUGCUCCAGAAAGCACAAGUGUUUCAUUCUUCAUAUUUAUUGAAAAUUAAAAAGAAAUUUGCCACUUAAUAUGAAAAUAUUAAGUCACACUUGCCAAAGUUGCCAUAUUUAUUGUAAAAAAAAUUAGAAAACAACUCCAAGAAUUAAUUCAUUUUGCACCUGAUCUCGGUAGAAACUGAAAACGCGCGUCACCAAACUUGUGAAAUUUGUGCCGAAUCUGGGUAGUUUUUGCUGCAGCCUUUUAUUCACCGUUUCCCUUGUAAAUAUAAUUUUAAUAUUAAAAGCUGUUAAAAACUUUUUAUGCCGUUUAAAGGAAAAUCAUGUCACUGAGUCGACUUAAGUUAAAACCACCCAACCUACACCGUGUUGUAUUUAUUGUGUCUCGAAAAUGGGACGUUUUGAAACAGUAUUAUUAAAAAAACAAAUUUACUGCAUUUGCGCUAUUUUCUUAAACCUCCCUUUGGAAUUAUAUUCCUGUGUAGAUAUUUUACAUUGCGCCUUUCAAAAAUAUUUAUGUUGUUUAUUUAUUGCAAAACGUCCCUCUAAACUUUCCUCGUAAGUAUUUAACGGUUUGCUGAAAGCGAGCAACUCCCGAAGUGUUUUGACUUUUAAGAAAGUAUCCACUUACUGUAAAGAAUUUAUAUUUAUAACGAACGUGUAUUUUUAAGCGAAAUGUAUUUAUUACCGACCUUAUAUUAUUUAAAAUACCAGGGUCAAUAUAAGUGGUUAAUGGUGAACCCUUCAGAAAUAUUCUAAAUCCUCCUUCCAUAAAUUAUUUACCUAUAAAAUUCAGCAUAUUUUCAGUUCGACAUUCAACAUUUACCCAAGUUCAAAUUUGGCCUUACAAAAAAAAACCAAAAUAGUUUCCCAUUUUUUUCUUCCUUUUUCUUACAAACAAUUCGAAAACGACUUUUAACUCUAAGACAUUAUUGAGAUUUUCACGAACAACUCAUUUUCCCCAAUUUUUUUUGUUAUUUCAGAUCUGUUGCUAGGGUGAUGAGAGUUUCUCUUGUAAAUAUGACCAAAAUUUUGUAUCUUCAUUUUUCAUUCUUAUUAUAGUUUAUCCAGUCUUUUUCUUUGGUCCAGACUUUACACCCUUUUACAGUGUUCAAAAUAUUGAAAUCCUAGAAAUAACUUGCGAAGCAUUAUUACUUUCGUCGAUCUACGUUCGUUUAUUAUGCUUUUUACAUAAACUUUCCGUUUUUAAAACUCAAAAAGGUAUCCAUAAAAUUGAUGUUAUAUAAACCAUGUGUAAUGUAUUGCAGGUCAAAAACCUGUGUACAUGUACACGUAGUUAUGGUUGUCGUAUAUAUAUAUAUACGUUUCCAUAGAAAUAUGUAAAUAGUUAACUGCGUAUAUUUAUGACAAUCAAUUGACUUUUCCUUUUGUUUUUGUAAUGAACAUGUACAUGUAUGUCACAAUGUUUUGUGAAGUCUAUUAGACUAGUGUGAAUUGUCUUAGUCUUUGAUCUGAACAUGAAAAUAUAACUGAAAUGAUGUCACAUAAGUGAACAGUGGUAGACUCUUCUGCACAUUGUGAGUGGCAUGAGGAAGUAUGCAAAACUUCACUUGGCCCCGCCUUCAAGGCACUAGGUGAACUCUCAUUGGUUGAUAAAAAAAACACCCUGUCACUGCUGUAUACUAAUGUAUUCAGCUAUUCAUUGAGGGCGGGGCAUAGUGGAACAGCGCUCAUAUAACUUGUUCUCUGAUUGGUCAAUUGAAAGUUUUGCAUUUUAAGAAUUAAAUGCGCAGUUGAGUCAAGCCCAGUUCAGAAAUUGGACACAACGUUUUACAAAACAAUCCCACUAAAGUAUAUUUUUUGGCAAACCGCAUACUUCAAAACAAAUAACGCUUCUGAAAACUCUCUAGUAGUGUGCUGUUUGAACUUCGACCUUUAUCUUGUAAGAUUUAUCCUAAUUGAGGAUACCACUGCCCAACUUCUCAAGCCAGGUAAAAAGGAAGAUUCAUUGCCCAAUUGAUUAAUAAUGCCCAAUUGUUUGUCAGUGUGCCCUUUGAACUUUGACCUUAGGGUAUUGUUAACACGUAAGCCUCUACCCAACUGCAAAGUGUAGAGCUUCCUUCAAUAGCUGAUUUCUUGCCCAACUGAUCACAAGUACCCAAUUUGGAAAGUAUGGAUCACUGUAGAUUGCUGUCUCCCAGUUUCAUGCAAUUGGUUCGACUGCUUCAUAUUGCCCAAUUGAAAAGCAAAGCCCAUUUUGGGAAAUAUCGAUCAUUAUAGUUCACUGCAUCUCUCAAUUCCAUGAAAUCUGUUCGUCGGUCCGUAGUGUGAGUUGUGUAGUUGUUUUUGUACAGUCGUUUUUUCAGUUUCCUAGAUAUUAAAACAAAAGUUGUCAAAUUGAACAUAUGAUUCUAUAUGUUUCAAUGCGGGUUGGUGAAAAUCCGACAAUUGACAACGUUUACUGCAUUUGGUGCUUAGCCGUCGACGUCUUUACUACUAGAAUCUGCUUGAGAUUGUUAAGAUAGAGAACAAUUAGUAGAAAAAGACAUUGUUUAUAAUGUUGUCAUAUUGUCUAUUGUGUCAAAGUAAAUGAUUUUGUUUUCCGUGACAUUGGAUUCGAAUUUGCACAAAGUGGUGCAAUUCAUUUUCAGGGUAAAAGCGUUAGUGAUCAUUUUUCGGGUUAAAGCAUGUAUUUCGGGGCUUUUAAAAUGGUUCUUGACAUUAUAAUCAAAGUAUUAAUUUACCCAGUGACCAUUUUCAAUGAAGCAUACUUUUUCAAUUGAAGUUUUAAAACACGGAUGAUUUUCACGAAAUUUCCAAUUUGAAAUGUGAUUUUUGUACUGUGUGUAUUGAAGAGAUUGAAAUCUUGUACAAAAUUCAAGCCAUAUUUUUUUAAUGUGUUGUUUCGUUUCAAGUCAAAAGCCAAAAAAGUCCAAAUUUGGUCGUUCAAAUAAAAUUAUGUUUCGAGUGAUCAAUACCCAAAAACGUUGCUUUAAUCUGAACUUGAUGCUAAGAUGUACAGAACAUUUUUUGCAAUGAAAGUAUGUUAAUCUGAUGAAAAUGAAAAACUGACGAUCUUCUUGAAACAUUUUCCUUAGAGAAAGGUUGUACUUAAAAAAGGAAAUAUUUUGUAUAAACUGUCUCAGAUGUUUUGUUGUGUCUCACAGUGUAUUAAGGUUGUUAAAAGUGUAUUGUCUUACAGCUUUUCAAGAGGGGCGGGGCUUUGGAAAAGGGGUGUGGUUUUGGAAAGGGUGUGGUUUUGGAAAGGGGUGGGGCUUUGGAAAAGGGGUGUGGUUUUGGAAAGUGGGGCUUUGAAAAAGGGGUUGUGGUUUGGAAAGGGGUUGUGGGUUGGAAAGGGAUGGGGCUUGGAAAGGGGUGCUUUGAAAAGGUGUGGUUUGGAAAGGGGUGGGAAUUUGAAAAGGGGUGUGGUUUGGAAAGGGGUGGGGCUUUUUUGGAAAGGGGUGGGGCUUUUAUGGAGCGGAGAAAAUGGGAAAAGCUCCGCCUUUCCUGUCCACAGCUGUUUCCUUAAAUAUCAACUUUUCCUCGGUAGAUCUUCCAGGUUUAGAUUUUAAAAAUAUCCGCGCCUGUUUUGUAGAUAUGAAGCAGUAGUUGUAUUCGUAACGAAUCUGAUUAGAAAUAAUAUUAAUCUUUUUUUUUUAAUUUAUGGUAACAUGCGCCUGUAAUAUAUGCGCACGAUGUGCAUGUGAAUUGUAUGCACAAGUUUGUAUAGUUCGGUAACUUUACAAAGACUUUUUUGUUUUGUUCUCAUCUUAUUAAUUUUUCCUUCUUGUUAAUUUGUCACCCACCAAGUUUUUUGCAAGUAACAUAUUCUGUAUGUUUAUAUAUUCAGAUGAGAGUACUUUUAUUCAACCUACUCCCCCCAGAUACUUUAUUUAAAAAUAAGGAGUUAAAGGGAGAUGUUAACUGCAGCAUGUAAUGAGCAAAACAAAAUGAAAUCUCCAAAAAAAAAAGAAAUUUAGCCCGCUAAAAAAGCUUCACAAUUGUUUUACUUUUAUCCUUUCAAGACAUCAAACACAAAAAUAGUAGGUAAGAAUUGGUAAAUUUUGUCAGUAUUUGGGUGAACAAAAAAUGAAAACUGUUGCUGAUUUUAUAAUUUUUGGGGUUGCUAUUCAAGCCCCUGUCUGCGUUUUAAGUACACGUUAUAUUCGUGUUAAAGAAGAUGCACAUUUUAAAAAUGAAUGAUGUAAAAAAAAAAAUCUUGACUUUUUUUUUUUUUUUUUUACAAUUGUGUAUAAAUGAUAUUUUAAAAUCAAUGCUAGAAUUGGACCAAUAGUGUAGGCCGUACUUGUACUGUUUCUUGUGACUGGAAAAUUGUGAUCGUGUUGUUGAAUUUGUCCUUUUAAGAAAAAAAGCUAAAAUGUUAAAAAUAUGUGUCACUGUCGUCAUAGUAGAAUCAUGCAUUGUUGUACAAAAAAAAUGGAACCUUUUAAAUAAGGUGUGAGUUAUACACUGUAUUAAUGAUGUCACAUGGGUACAUUUGAAGCGCCCUCUAGGUUUAAACACUGGCAGGCAUUUUUGUACAUUUGUGGAUUUAUUUAUUAAUUCCCAUAGCAAAAAUGUUUCAGUUUUUGGGAAAUCUAAUGCAGCCGGGUUGAAUAGACUUAAGAUAUUCAUCAAAUGGUCUCCAGUUCGAAUCCUGUUUUGGUCACUUUUUUUUGCAAAGGUCAUUUAUGUCGAUAGACUGAAGACUUGAACCUGUGUCUUCAGGAACUUAGUCCAAUAACUCACCGUUAAACAACUUUGAACUUUACAUGAAAGUGCGACAGCUAACCUUAUUUAUUUAUUUUUGUUCCAAAAAUUACAAAUAUUUGGAGUGAAUAUGACAUUAAAACACAGUAGCUAUUUUCGUAACGUUAAGGAAUUGUGUCAAGUGCAACUAAAGAAAAAUUACCAUUUUUUUUUUCUUUUUCCGUCAGUAUUUUAGAUUUGAAGACAGGGCCUUUCUAGUUUACAUUAAUGAAAUACAAAAUGUUAAGUUAGCAAAAACGUCAAUCGCGAAAUGCUAUGAAGGGUUAUGGGUGCAUUUAAAAUUUUGAGGAAAAGUAGGAAUUUUGUCCAAGAAGUGAUGUAAAUGCCAUCUGCCUUGCCAACUAAAAUAAUUGAAAAUAACCCCAGUGAAAUGUAUGUAAGCUGGGGCCUUUUUAAGUGCAAAAGUCUUAAGCAACAAUCAAAGAUUAUUGUUGUGUAACAGCUGUAAGAAGAAAAAGGGGGGCAAAAUGGGGUAUUAAAAGAGUAAAUCAUGACAAAACUAGAUUGCGUUAAACUUUAAUUGAUCAUUGUUCAUUCUAUAACAGUGUAAAAAAACAAAAUUGGAGCGCUUUUCCAUACAAACUAUUUGUGAGUUGUCUUGUGAAUGUUAAAACUGUAAUUUAUCGUAAACGAUGAUUAGGUAAUUAUACAGCCACUGUAAUGUAAAUAUUCAAUGUGAUAAUUUUAAUAAAAUGUGCAAAAAAUUGAAGAAAACAAAA